CUGAAAGCCCAUUAGACGUCACUGGGCACCCCUUUGAACUGGUCUGACAUCCAACAACCCAAGGCCUAAUUGAAGAUCAGUGGUUUAGGGUUUCUCUAUAUCCAAUUCCACUUUAUUGCAAUUUGCAAACGAAGAAGGGAGUGGAUUGAUCAUCCGUCUUCAAUAUUCAUUUGAGAAAGUUCAUAUGGGUACGGACCAAAAUCCCAAAUCCGCACAGAAUGAAAACGUUGCUCCUGCAACUGCUUUGGCUUACCUUGAUCCUAAAUACUGGGACGAGCGUUUUUCUAAGGAAGAGCAUUAUGAGUGGUUUAAGGAUUAUUCUCAUUUUCGUCAUCUUAUACUUCCUCUUCUAAAACCUGAUUCAUCAGUAUUGGAAUUGGGUAGUGGAAAUUCGAAACUUUCUGAGGAAUUGUACAACGAUGGAAUCACUGAUAUAACAUGCAUUGAUUUGUCUGCUGUUGCCGUCGAGAAAAUGCAAAGACGUUUACGUUUGAAGGGUAUGAAAGAAAUAAAGGUGCUAGAAGCUGACAUGCUAGACAUGCCUUUUGGCAAUGAGUGUUUUGAUGUCGUUGUCGAGAAAGGAACCAUGGAUGUUCUGUUCGUGGAUGGUGGUGACCCAUGGAAUCCUCAACCAUCCACUCGGGCAAAGGUCACGGCAGUGCUGGAAGGUGUUCAUAGGGUUUUGAAGAAAGAUGGCAUUUUUGUCUCAAUUACAUUUGGCCAGCCGCAUUUCAGGCGUCCCUUAUUUAAUGCUCCAGAAUUUACAUGGUCAUUUGAGUGCAGUACUUUUGGCGAUGGAUUUCACUACUUCCUCUAUACCUUGUGUAAGGCGGUUGCCUAGUGAUAAAGGUGAGGGUGAGAGGUUUGAUGAGCCAUCAGUCUGUUUACUUCAAGACGAGCUAGAGGGUGAAGAUUACAUGUUCAGAACCGACGUUGAUGAGCUGAAUUGCUAGAAAGUAGUAUUAUUGUAUCCAUUUUUGUUUGAUGAAUUGUACAUUAAACUAACCAUAGUUCCAUUAAACUGUUCGUUCUCGUGACCAUUAGUUUUUAACUCUGCGCAUUAAAUUGUUGCGGCUUUAUACAUUACAAGUCAUAUUUGAUUAUUUUUGCAGUUUUGUGUUUCAAUGGUAUCAAUUUGACACAAUUUACAGGAA